UGCAGGGAAUCAUUCUCGAGCAUACAAUAAUUCUCUCCAGAAAAAGCCAGAUCAAACACAUAAAACAUUAGGAGAAAUCAUUCAGUUUUCAAGUGGCUUUUAAAAAAGUCAUCAUAAAUCAAGCAAAGAUGAGCACAAAACUUCAUGUAGCAAUGUUUCCCUGGUUUGCCUUUGGCCAUUUCAUUCCUUACCUUCACCUUUCCAACAAGCUUGCAGAGAGAGGCCAUGGAGUGUCCUUUAUAGUGCCCAAAGGAGCACAAUCAAAGCUACAACACCUCAACCAUUAUCCAAACCUUAUCAACUUCUAUCCUCUUCUCAUUCCCCACGUAGAUGGACUACCCCUUGGUGCCGAGACUGCCUCGGAUGUUCCUCUUCCACUUCAUAUGCACCUUGCUAUAGCUCUCGACCAAACCCAACACCAAGUUGAAACUAUUCUUACCACUCUCAAGCCUGACUUCAUCUUCUUUGAUUUUAGUCAUUGGAUGCCAGUUCUGGCUCACCAAUUUGGUACCAAGGCCAUAUUCUAUUCUGUGGUAAGUUCGGCUACACUUUCAUUUCAUAUGGUCCCUUCUAAGAAAAUUGCAAAAUAUGCCACAAAUGAAGAGCUAGUUCAACCCCCUCCAGGCUAUCCUUCUUUGUCAGUGCUACUAAAACCCAAGGAGUUCGAAAUUGCAGAAGUAAAAAUACUUGUGGAAGAUCAAGGAACUGGGACGUCCUUGUACUUUCGAAUCACCUCUAGCUUGAAAGACUGUGAUGCCAUAGCCUUAAGGACAAAUCAUGAGGUUGAGGGGACUUAUUGUGACUAUCUAAGGCAGCAGUAUUCCAAGCCCAUAUUGCUAACUGGACCUGUCCUGCCUGAAAUACCAGUGACGAAGCUUGAUGAAAAAUGGACUAAUUGGUUAUCCAAUUUUGAGGAAGGUACUGUGGUGUAUUGUGCAUUUGGGAGCCAAACUAUAUUACAAAAGAACCAGUUUCAAGAAUUGGUUUUGGGGUUUGAGUUAAGUAGGCAACCAUUUUUUGUGUCGCUGAGUGCUCCAGAUGGAUGUGCAACAAUUGAAGAAGCUUUGCCAGAGGGGUUUGAAGAGAGAGUUAGAGGGAGAGGGUGGGUGUAUGGGGGUUGGGUUCCACAAACACUGAUGCUGGAGCACAAAUCUGUUGGGUGUUUCGUGACCCAUUGUGGUCAUGGAUCCAUGUGGGAGUCUCUUCUUAGUAACUGUCAAAUAGUAUGUGUUCCAUACCUGCUUAGUGAUCACAUUAUGAGUGCUAGAUUAAUGGUGGAAGAACUGAAGGUUGCAGUGGAGGUGGAGAGAGAAGACAAUGGGUGGAUUUCCAAGGAGAGCUUGAGCCAUUCCAUUAUCUCUGUGAUGGACAAGGACAGUGAGGUAGCUGGGCUGGUGAAAUAUAAUCAUGCCAAAUUAAAGGAGGUACUUACUACUGAAGGUCUGCAAGAGAGGUAUUUACACAAUUUCAUUCAGAGCCUGCAAGUCCUUUUGGAUUGACAAAUAAGUGUUUGUAUGGACUCGACUAUUUUUAAUUAAUCCCUUGUACUAAGAUGAGUACUA